GUCUCAGUAGAGGGGAAGGUCGAGAGCCAUGCGUCCUCCGAAACACGGCCCUGCCAAGCCACACUGCUUCUUGACACACUGCUCGCUGAACCCGGAAGCCAGCAGCACCAAUGUGUCGGAGGAAACACAUUACAACUGGCGCCCACAGGAGUCGCUAGAUCGCGAUGGGACAAGGACAUCCCGGCUGGCCAAACUCUCCCCUAACCCAGACGACGCUGGGCCAAUUGUGCACCGACUCAUGGGUCUCUCGGGGAUCAAACCCAGGCUGUGUGCCCUCUUCACGACUUUGAUUGAACCCAGAGGUGCUGUUGUGCCCUCUUCACGACUGUGUUGGUGUGUCCACCAUCAGCUCCUUUGUCUUGCUGACGUUGAGGGAGAGAUUGUUGUGCUGGCACCAAUAGGCUGUCUCAUCGUAAUGGGUGAUCAGGCCUACCACCGUCAUAUCGUCGGCAAACUUAAUGAUGGUGUUGGAGUUGUACACAGCCACGCAGGCGUGGGAUAACAGGGAGUAGAGGAGAGGACUAAGCACGCACCCCUGAGGGGCCCCUGUGUUGAGGGUCAGCAUGGUGGAUGUAUUGUUGCCUACCCUCACCACCUGGGGCCGGUCCAUCAGGAAGUCCAGGAUCCAGUUGCAGAGGGAAGUGUUCAAUCCCAGGGUCCUUAGCUUAACAUAUUUUUACUGUAGAUAUAUGGUACUUUUCUGCAUAUGCUUCUUUUUUUCAAUGCCAAACCUACUACUAGUGUGACCAAGGAGCUCUAUUGUUAUGUCAUCUGACCUUUGUGAUCAGCUGACAGUCACUCCUGUUUGCCCUCUAUUUGAGCUGUAGUCUAGAAACUUGCUUACAAUGGGAUUUGUGGCAUUUUGCAGAGAAUAAAAGCCAUAUGCUAAAAAAAUAUGUUUAAAUUUGGAGCAUUAGCUUAUUAUAAAGGUGUGUGGGGGGGGUAUUUUAUUUCCCUUUGAGUCUCCAAAAGUUGGCCCUGCUCCCAAAGUACCAUUAUCAUGUCUCCUGUCCUAUGAAGAAAUAGUGUGCUGGACCCACGGGUACACAAACAUCCUUGACAAGUAUAAAGCCAUCACUCACCCCCACAUUUUCGAAUCUAUAAGUUCACUUCUCUCUGUUCCAGGGAGCAACCAAAACAGAGAAUUGUGAGGCGCUGGACAGAGGAGGCAUACUCAAUGCAUCAGGAUUGCUUGGCGACAACUGAUUGGAAUAUGUUCAAAGACUCAUCCACCCAAGACUCAUCCAUCAACAUUGAGGAAUAUACAUUAUAUAUAUUCUACAAACCUGCAGCACCCACAAUAUUUUUUGCUUUAUAAAGACAAUACGAAAUAUGGCCAAUUAGUUGACCUUGGAAAAUGGUUUAAAACCCAUAUUUAAUGCAAAUGUUACAAAUAUAAAUAAUUGUUUAAGGUUUAGACAAUUACUUGUCAUAUAUAAAGAAUAAAUACAGGUCAUUGACACCUUUCCACUAUUACGUAUGGGACUUUUAUUUAGAAAAUCUUCCAAAAUUCCGUGACCCGGAAGUACUUUUUUUGUGUUGCUAACGGGACGCUGAUCUAGUUAUCAACCAUGGUAGCUUGCUAGCCAAUAUAGCUAAAACGUUAAAGCUCAUUAGACACUUUCAGUGUGUAUUAGCCACUGUUUUAAAUACAUGUAUGUUGUAUAGCUAGCUAAUUGUCGCAUUUAAUUUAACGUUGCUAGUAGUCAGCUAGCUGGCUGGUUAAAUUAGCAGUAGCACUUGCCUUGUCAUUCAUGCUAACUAGCUAGCUAGCAUCCCCGACCAUGAGCUCACUAAGCUACUCUCCCCCUGCCGAAGAAGAGGAGGUCUGCUGGACGGUGAAAGAGGAGAAGGAAGAAGAGGCUGUCACCGUCAAAAAAGAAGUAGCGGGUGAGGCUGUAACAGUGAAAGAAGAGGAAGAAGCUUUCCGAGUGAAACAGGAAGAAGCGAAAGAGCAGGACGCAGAUGUUGGAGUGGAGGGGGAGAUCACUGUGACAUUGGACGAGGAAGACGUUUUUGGAGUGGACGAAGAGAAGACUGGAAAUCUGAUCAACACCAGGGCGAUAUCAGACUGUCACUCUGAGAGAGGAAAGAGUCCUUCAGGGGAACCCGAUCCAGAGACGUCCAAACCAGUGAGGAGACAUCACUGCUCCCAGUGUGGAAAGAUAUUUUCCAGGUUAAAGCACCUGAAAGAACAUAAGAGAACGCACACAGGGGAGAAGCCUUAUCAUUGCUCCCAGUGUGGAAUGGGUUUUGGACACUUGGGGUAUCUAAAAGUGCAUGAAAGAACACACUCUGUAGAGAGGCCUUUUCAAUGCUCUCAGUGUGGCCAAAGAUUUAUCCAGGCAUCGCAUCUGAAAGAGCAUGAGAGAACACACACGGGAGAUAAGCCUUUCCAAUGUUCUCAGUGUAAAAAGAGUUAUACCAAAUUAGGGAACCUGAAAAUGCAUGCGAGAAUACACACCGGAGAGAAGCCUUUCCACUGCUCCCUGUGUGAAAAGAGUUUUACCUAUUUAGGGAUACUGAAAAAGCAUGAAAUGACGCACACACGAGAGAAACCUUUCCAAUGCUCCCAAUGUGGGAAGAGUUUGACAGAACACACACAGGAGGGGAGAAGACCUAACGUUGUUAAGACCAGUUAAGGCCCCGGAAUAACCACCUCCAAAAUGAUUAACCCCCUUGAUAAAGAUGUGUUUAAGAUCAACAAUACAAGUACUGAGCUGAAAUUGUAUGCUGAAAUUGUGUUUUAUACAAAUACAAUUGCUCAGAAAAAAAUAUUUUGUUUAACAAGUGAAAAAAACUUUAACUUUCAUUUAUUGGCACCCGUAAAGAUUCUUGUUAAAUAAAUAAAAUAAAAUCUACGUUAACAUUGUGGUGGGAAAUGUCUCUCUCUGUGUAUCAGAUUGUAUGUUUAGAAUAAUGCUGCUCUGUAAUUACAUGUCUUGGUUCGGUUCAUGCGAGUGACUGACUGAUUGUAGAUGGGAGUAACCCAUAAGAAAUGUACUAAUACGGCCCAGAACAUUGUUCUGUGGGACAAAAUGAGUAUCUCAGCCUCGUGAGGUAUCAGUCAGUCACAUGCAGGAACCAACGUUAAUAAUGUAAAUCAUGCUCAUAUAACUUGUUUGUGUAGCAGUAUAUAAGGACUGAAAGGGGAACGCCCUUUUCAUCAAGCUUGGAUUGAGUUUGUGAACCUCUCCGGGCCGUGAUAAUAAAGAUUCGUUUCACAUUUUA